GGCGGAGUAGGAGUAGGAGUAGGGGUUGGGCAGGCUGCAGCUCCAGCUACAGGUACAGGCACAGCCCCAGGAACGGGGAUAACUAGACGUUUCUGGGGGAUGACAAACGGUUCCGAAUGGUCUCUAGGCGUCGCGAGCGGGAUAACAGGACCCGGGAGCUUGGGGGAGAUGCAAUCUACUCUGGAUGCUGAACGUGAGCGGGACCGGGACCGGGAGAGGGAGAGGUUUGGUGGGAGGGGGAGGGGGAGCGAGCCUGGGAGUCCGGUUGGGUUUGGACUCGAUUGGGCUGUUGAGGCUGCGCAAGUGCAAGUGCAAGUGCAGGGCCAGGGCCAGGGCCAAGCGCCGGGGCAGGGGCAGGGGCAGAUGGGCCAGCCAAUAGCCCCGGCGAGCCCGAGUCAUCCUCUGGAGGAAACAGCCCUCGCCACGGAGGGAACGGCAAAGAAACGGAAAGGCCUUGGAGGGAUCUGGAGACUGAUCCGAGGUUCUAACGGGAAGAAACAGAAACAGCGAGAUCCUGAGAAAUCUAACGACCUCGACCUCCCAAUCCCUGUGGACCUAGCUCUAGCUCAGGAAGAACUGGACCUGGAGCCCCUGCCCCCGCUCGCCCCGCCCCCUCCGCUCAGCUAUCUCGUCAACCGUCGGUCGGUCGAUCGAUCUCUUUCAAGGCCAAGCAGCAUCAGCGCUUCCCUCUCCCUUUCCCUCUCUUUACCAUCUUGUUCCAGCCCUCGGAGUCUCUCUUUCUCCGCUCCGGCACCUCUCGUACCAGGGGAAUACGCACCUAGUGCGAGCCUGAGCAUGGACCCUCCCCACCCUCACCCCCAGCCGCGGGGCAGCCCAACGCAGAGCAUGCGCAAACUUAGCUUGGAGAUCAAGCCCCCCCUGCUUGCUGCAGCGCUCGUUGCGAGCCCGAUAGCCGAGAGUCCUGAAGGGAUGACGGCGAGGGAUCUCCCGGGCUUGGGAAGCCCGAGUGAGAGUAAUACGGUUUUGCAUGCGCCUACUCCUGCUGCUGCUGCUGCUGCGGUGCUUAACGGUGAACGGGAACGCACACGCACGCUUUCGCUAUACAAGAGUCUCCCGCCUUUGCCUGCUGUUGAUCGGUCCUCUACCGGAGCGGGAGCAGGGGCGGCGGUGCACACGCCCGACCCUCUACAGGCGCUGGACUUCUCCCCCUCUCCCCCGAGAGCACCGUUCAUGCAGCCUCCGCGCCGCUCAAGUUAUAGCGGGAACGCGAAUCCCAGCUGGGGCCCAAACUCCCCUCAGCAGCGGGGUUAUGCCUACCCCGAGCACGCGACAUCCCGUCGUUCCCUGGCGGUGUUCGCCACUCAUUCUAACACUCCCCCGGUCGUGCCGGACAAUGCGAGCGAGAAGACGCGUAGCGCUACUGCUAAGAGCCCGAGGGCCAAGUUCAGCUUUGGCGCGUUCCUGAGGAGGAAGUCUUUUGCCCGGGAUCUGGAAACAGAGCAGGUGCAGGUGCAGAAGCAUAAAGAGCACCCAGAGCCGGAGCCCGAAAUGGUAAUGGCAGACUACUCCAAUCUAGAACCAAACGGUUAUCCGUCUUUCGACCCCCCCCGACUUCCCUUCACCCCUGCAGCCGCAGCUGCAGCUGGGAACUAUACAUCGGAUAUGUCCCGCUCUCAGUCGAGCCUCUCCUCACACCGCCCGCCGAGCAGCAUCAUAGGCUUUGGCUCUGGGUCGAUUAACAACCGCGCGAGCGUGCUCAGCGCUAAGAUACCCCAGUUGGACGAUUUUGUCGCCUACCGAUAUCCGAGUAUGGAGCAGCCUGUGGAGCUCUUUCGCCGAUGAAGGACGGAGGGCGAAGGACUGCGUAAUCGGAAUCGGAAUCGGAAUCGUGGUCGUGAUCGUACUCGCCGGCUCUGGCACCCGAAUAUAAUCAAAUCGAAACGAAUUAACCAAGUCGAACUCAUACCUCCUCGCACGUAUAACAUAUCUCCCUCAAGUGAACGAAGUUUCCCAUCCCACUCUGCUUGCCGGCCAGUUGUCGCGCACUGCUUUGGACGGACUAGUUAUUGGACUUUUUGCUUAGAAGCCGAUGUAUAUCGCCUUCCUCCACCUCAGUUCGGAAUUUUUCAAGUCUGCUUGUUCAGUGUUUAUCCCUAUAUUCCCAUUCCCGUUCUCUGCUUCCCGGUUCCCC